AUGAAAUUUCCAAUCGAGACUCCAAGAAAACAAGUGAACUGGGAUCCUCGAGCGGCUGUUUCCUCACCAGUACCAGCUUGUGAACCCAAGCCCAAAACUAACGGGCAUUUCCCAGCUCCACGACUCUCCGUUUCCUCUCGAGCCACUGUUGUUGCUACCAUGGAAGCCCCUUCUCAAGGCCUGCAGACAGUCAUGAAGUGGAAAACAGUGGUGGCCAUCUUUGUUGUUGUGGUGGUUUACCUGGUGGUGGGAGGACUUGUCUUCCGUGCCCUGGAGCAGCCCUUUGAAAGCAGGCAGAAGAACACAAUCGCACUGGAGAAGGCUGACUUUCUUCGGGACCACGUUUGUGUAACCCAGUUAGAGCUGGAGACGUUGAUUCAGCACGCUAUUGAGGCUGAUAAUGCAGGAGUCAGUCCCAUAGGAAAUUCCUCUAACAACAGCAGCCAUUGGGACCUUGGAAGUGCCUUUUUCUUUGCUGGAACAGUCAUCACAACAAUAGGGUAUGGGAACAUUGCUCCAAGCACUGUUGGAGGCAAGGUUUUCUGCAUCUUGUAUGCUAUCUUUGGGAUUCCAUUGUUUGGCUUCUUGCUGGCUGGGAUUGGAGACCAACUGGGAACCAUGUUUGGGAAGGGUAUUGCAAAGGUGGAAAAAGUUUUCAGAAAAAAGCAAGUAAGUCAAACAAAGAUCCGGGUGAUCUCUACAAUCCUUUUCAUCCUGGCAGGCUGCAUUUUCUUCGUGACCAUUCCUGUAGUUGUCUUCAAACACAUUGAGGGAUGGACAGCCUUGGAAUCCAUCUACUUUGUGGUCGUCACUCUGACUACCGUUGGCUUUGGUGACUUUGUAGCAGGAGGAAAUGCUGACAUCCAUUACCGGGAAUGGUAUAAACCCUUAGUGUGGUUCUGGAUCCUUGUUGGCCUUGCCUAUUUUGCUGCUGUCCUGAGUAUGAUUGGAGACUGGUUAAGAGUCCUGUCGAAGAAGACAAAAGAAGAGGUUGGUGAAAUAAAAGCCCAUGCAGCUGAGUGGAAAGCAAACGUGACGGCUGAGUUCAGGGAGACACGGCGGCGGCUCAGCGUGGAGAUCCAUGACAAACUUCAACGGGCAGCCACCAUCCGCAGCAUGGAGCGCCGACGCCUGGGCCUGGACCAGCGGGCCCACUCCUUGGACAUGCUAUCUCCAGAGAAGCGCUCUGUCUUCACUGCCUUGGAAACAGGACGCUUCAAGGCCUCAUCUCAGGAAAGCAUCAACAACAGGCCCAACAACCUGCGCCUUAAAGGGUCAGAUCAGCUCAACAAGCAUGGGCAGGGGGCAUCCGAGGACAAUAUCGUCAACAAGUUUGGAUCGUCUGCUAAGAUGACCAAAAGAAAAAACAAAGACCUCAAAAAGACCAUCCCUGAGGAUGUGCAUAAAAUUUACGAGACUUUCCGAAACUACUCCUUGGAUGAAGAUAAAAAGGAAGAAGAGACGGAGAAGAUAUGUAAUUCUGAGAACUCUUCUAGCACUGCAGUCCUGACCAACUGCAUCCAGCAGCACUCUGACCUGGAGAAUGGAGUGAUCCCCAAUGAAACCAAAGAAAAGGAACAUGAAAACAAAGCAUUACUUGAAGACAGAAAUUAA